UUUUGUAGGACGGCACACAUGACAAGGUGUAUUAGACAAUGCCUUGCCCGUCAAAAAUGCUAGCAAUCCCGACUUCUUCAUGCUGAACUUUGGCUGGCCUACGCCUCAUCGAUUUGGAGUGUUGUCAUAAGAAUACGCCAGCUCGCACUACCAUGAAAAAGAGCGUUAGAGACGCACGCGCAGCGCGACCGUUGGAUACAAUAGGCUUGCACAGCCCUGCUGAAGUCUUUGCUGCAGCGGUCAAGAGAGCAAUUAUUGAACAUGUAAUCGUCAAGUUCGUCAACGCUCAUCGAUUUGGAGUGUUGUCAUAAGAAUACGCCAGCUCGCACUACCAUGAAAAAGAGCGUUAGAGACGCACGCGCAGCGCGACCGUUGGAUACAAUAGGCUUGCACAGCCCUGCUGAAGUCUUUGCUGCAGCGGUCAAGAGAGCAAUUAUUGAACAUGUAAUCGUCAAGUUCGUCAACGCUGUUGGAGCUCCGACUCCUCCUGCGUUUUGUCGUUGUUUACAAUAAAAAAAAGGACAGGCGUGGACUGUGGUGCAACGAGCAAUAGUGGGUGUGCGUUUUGCUCUUGUUCCUACUAGAGUCUGUUGCGGGGAGAGGGGAGCUCAUAAUUACCUUUUUACCCGGGUGUGCACCUCGCUCUCACUGACAAGAGCAAAAGAAGACACGGAUGAUGUGUUUUUACUCCCUACCGUUCUCUAUUCUCUCUCGGUUAAAAACAAAGGAUUCAAUAGAAAGAGCGUUGAAAGAUUUUACAUAAAGACAAGGCUUUUUUCUUUCCAGUCAGUUGUUUUCGGCAAGGGUUUGGUCCAUUGUGGCAAACCGAAAAUCAAGAUGAAAUUUCCCACGGAGAACCCAAGAAAACCAGGGAAUCCCAACCCUACGCCAGUGGCGGUCCAGACCAACCUGUUCCCCCCUAAGAAGGUCCAGCCAGGCAUGAUGAGUGCCAGCCUGGUCCAGGCCAGUGUGGCCACCAUGCAGAACCCCAUGGGCUGCACCGUGCCACGGCUCUCUCCAUCGCGACCUGCCAGCAUGGUGGCCAGCAUGGAGGCGGUGGGCGAGGAUGGCUCGCCCCUUUUCACGGUCAUGAAGUGGAAGACCGUGGUGGCGGUGUUUGUGGUGGUGGUUGCCUAUCUGGUGGGGGGAGGCCUGAUGUUCCGGGCCCUGGAGCAGCCUUUCGAGAGCAACCAGAAGGUGACCAUCACCGCAGAGAAGGCGGCGUUCCUGCAGAAGCACCCCUGUGUCUCACCGGCGGAGCUGGAGGUGCUUAUCAAGCACUCUGUAGAUGCAGUGAAUGCUGGGGUCAGCCCGAUAGGAGACACAUCCUAUAACUCCAGCCACUGGGACCUGGGCAGUGCCUUUUUCUUCGCUGGAACCGUCAUCACAACCAUAGGAUAUGGUAACAUUGCUCCCAGCACUGAGGGCGGGAAGAUUUUCUGUAUCCUAUAUGCAAUAUUUGGCAUCCCUCUGUUUGGGUUCCUGCUAGCCGGUGUGGGGGACCAGCUAGGGACCAUAUUCGUGAAAAGCAUCGCCAAGGUGGAGAAAAUGUUCCGGCAUAAACAGAACCAGAUCAGCCAGACCAAGAUCCGAGUGGCCUCCACGUUGCUCUUCAUCCUGGCGGGUUGUAUCCUCUUUGUCACCAUUCCAGCAGUCAUCUUCAAACACAUAGAAGGCUGGACUGGACUGGAGGCCAUCUACUUUGUUGUCAUCACUCUGACAACUAUCGGAAUAGGAGACUAUGUGGCAGGAGGGGACCGGAGGGUCGUGUAUCGUAAUUGGUAUAGACCUCUGGUGUGGUUCUGGAUUCUGGUGGGGUUGGCCUAUUUUGCUGCUGUACUGAGCAUGAUUGGUGACUGGCUGAGGGUCCUGUCCAAGAAGACAAAAGAGGAGGUUGGAGAGAUCAAGGCCCACGCAGCCGAGUGGAAGGCCAACGUGCGCGCCGAGUUCCGGGAGACGCGGCGACGCCUGAGUGUGGAGGUCAGCGACAAGCUCCAGCGGACCGCCACCAUCCGCAGCAUGGAGCGCCGCCAGCUGGGCCUGGACCAGUGGGCCGUCUCCACGGACAUGCUCUCCCCGGAACGCCGUGCCGCCUUCAACAGUCUGGACACCAACCCCUACAAGACCUCAUCUCAGGAGAGCAUCGACAUGAAACUCAACAACCUGCGUCUAAGGGGGGCAGAGUGUGAUCCGCGCCGGUCCGAAAGUGUGGCCUCCUCAGACGACAACAUCUUUAAUCGCCUGGGUUCCGUCACCAAGCUGGCCAAGAGAAACAAGAACCGCGAGCUGAAGAAGAAUAUCCCAGAUGAGCUACAAUGCAGGCCCUUUAGUACUCCGCCUAUGGAGAUGGGGAAGAGAAAGGAGGAAGAGGAGGAGGAGGAGGAGGAGGAAGAUGAGGGGUUAGACAAAAAGUUCAACACCAGCAUGUCCGAUCUGCCGCUGUUCGUCGAAGUGUGCAAACCCCAGAAUGGUUUCACAGUACCAUUCAUACCACUUCAGACCAAAGAAAAAAAGACUGAGGGGGAAACACUUCAACUUGAAGAAAAGGAGCUGCGUAUCCAGAUGGAUCCUUAAAAAUGUUGGUUGUUCCUCUGAGGUAAAGGAUGUUUUAAACGUCACCACCAUAUGUGCCUUACAUUUCUGUCACGCCUUUGUGUGCUUGAUAUUGGGGGAACGGUUGUGUCCCUGUGUGCUAUGUAAUGUUAUUCAAUAUUCACUGUGCCCUAAUAACCUGAAGGAAAGACAUUAACCUCAUACGUUUCUACAAUCACCUGGUAAAAUAUUUUUUAGAUUUGAGGUUCUUGUGGUACAGAACAACCAAAAAUAUGGUUUAUUUGGAGUGAAAGACAAGAUGGCUGCUAUUCAGAAGAGUCGAUAAUAAAGCAAGUAAGAUGCUUUGAUGAGUCUGACUUUUAUGUACGUAGUGGACUUCGACGAGACGGUGCUGCUCCUAAAUACACAUCCGAGGUCAUUUUAGGACAAGAGAACUGAGCUGCUGAGAAUAGAGCAACAAUUGAAUAAGAGCAACAACUGGAGACUCACCUGGAUUUGGUUAUUGUGAAAUGUACGACUUUGUUCUCAUUCCGUCACGACACAUGAACUCUGAAAAUUGAUGAAAAAAGUUAUAAAAAACAAACACAAUUUUGUCUGUGCAUGGUCCUUGAGCUAAACUGUCUAGAAGGUGUGUGAUUACGCUAUUAAG